UUGCACCCUAAUAUUUGUUUUGGCAUCCCUAAAUUUUCAUCUGUCAAAUUUUAUUGUCGCAAAAAUUUCAGUCAUAUUUUUGUAAAAUAUUACGUGAUCUAAAACAAUUAAAAAAAGUAAUAAAUCCAUUUGUAUCCUCCGCGGUGGUCGCCGUUCGAUUCGGCGGUGGUUGCCACUCUGCCGGUGCCCAUAGGCUUGCAUAAAUGAAUGAUGUCGCUGAGGUCGAAAGCCCUGGCACUGGUGGAGGUUUUGCUCAGGGUGCCACCGUUGUUUGUGGUGGAUGAGUUCUUGAAGAUCAGCCUGGGCCUGCCGGUGUCGACGGGCGAAGAGGUCCCCAUCCUGUCCCCAGUGACCACAGACAUAGAUAUCAACGAAAACGAGGCAAACUAUUACGAUGCCAAUUUUUACAACGCGUUUGUCUUUACGCUGCUAAAAUUCUUCGUAUGCUGUCUAGGAUGCAUGUCAGCGCUCUGCAUAUUCGUGCUAUACACGAAACACCUGAUCAUCGUGUAUCUGUAUCUUAUGUCAAUCGGCCUAGUCUUCAUCUCUUACUGGACAAACGUAUCGGCCAUCAAGCAAAUACAGUCCCUCACAGUUGCCGCCACUUCGGCACACCAUUCGACGAGCAUAUUAGAAGAUAUACUUAAUUUAAACAUUAAAAAUUUACUCGAUCUCGAAGGCCCAGGGAUAUUGGUCAUCCAGAACUUCGCAAUACAAUUCCUGCUGGCUGUUCUCUUCAGAAACGUCCAUCUCGGACCUAGAAACUCGACAAUACAGAAGCUGUUACCGAUGAGCUUUAUGGCACCAUCUUUUUUGGCAAUGCUACCCGUGCCACCGAAUCUUUUGCACCAUUCUCCUGUAUUUUCAACGCUGUUGCCGUUGUUUCUCGCGAAAUACGUACUCUGGUCGUCAGGUUAUGAAGUAGCUCAAGUGAUUUACGCGGGAUAUCAGCAUGGGAGACUAUUUAUAAGCCACAACGGCUUAUCGGCGUUAGUGGAGACCGAAUGGAUGCGUUUAAACGUGCCCUGCGUCCUAAGGGUGUUUUGGGUGAUGCGGGUAGCGGAACACGCGAUAUUAUUGCUAAUGGAUAACUAUGACGACGACGCCGACGAAGGGUUGAAGGUGACUGCGCUGUUAGCGGUGCAAUCGCUCGCGUCAUUAGCCAAAACAUUGCUAGUGACUGGAUGCGAGACAAUAACCGCAGUACUCGGCAUGACAUCGGUCAUCUCCUUCUUCUGCCACUACAUUGGGAACUUCUUCCAGUGGAUAUUGUUAACGGAAGAGGAGGAGGACAAAAGCAUUGGCACGGUAUCAGCCAUACUGUUCUACAUUCUGGCGCUCCAAACGGGACUGACGUCUCUGAACCCAGAGAAAAGAUUCAUCCGACUGUGCAGGAAUUUCUGUUUGCUGUUCACUGCACUCUUGCACUUUUUGCACAACAUCGUGAAUCCAAUGCUGAUGUCCCUCAGCGCAUCGCGGAACCCUAGCACGCACAGACACGUCAGAGCUCUCGGUGUUUGCGCCUUCCUCAUAAUGUUCCCAAUAUCGUUGCUGGCAUAUCUAUGGUCGCAGCACACCAUCUCAACAUGGCUUUUGGCGGUCAGCGCGUUCAGCGUCGAAGUGAUCGUCAAAGUGGUGGUCAGUCUUAUGAUCUAUUCGUUGUUCCUCAUUGACGCCAACAGGACGACAUUCUGGGAACAGUUGGACGACUACGUAUACUACAUACGAGCAUUUGGGAACACGAUAGAGUUUUGCUUCGGGAUCUUCUUGUUCUUCAACGGCGCUUGGAUAUUGUUGUUUGAGUCGGGCGGCGCGAUUCGCGCGGUGAUGAUGUGCAUCCACGCGUAUUUCAACAUCUGGUGCGAGGCGCGGGCCGGUUGGUCGGUAUUUAUGAAGCGACGCACGGCUGUCAACAAGAUCAACUCGCUGAGGGAAGCUUCCGCGGACCAGUUGUUGAGGCUGGACGACGUCUGCGCUAUAUGUUACCAAGAGAUGCAUUCUGCCAAGAUAACUCGGUGCAACCAUUUCUUCCACGGGAUGUGUUUGCGCAAGUGGCUGUACGUGCAGGAUCGUUGUCCGCUCUGCCACGACAUAUUGUAUAAGAUAGACAAUAAGGACAACAACUCAGAGGCUGGCAACGAGGAGAACAGCAACAACCAAAACCUCCUGCUAGAGGAGGAACCCGACCUCCUCCUCAACGAGGGUGUCAGAUGACUGAACCGCGAAGACUACUUCAAUAUAGUUUAAAUCAAGUUCGAAACUCGAUUUAAUGUCAGUGGUAUUUUUUUUUGUAUAGUAAGUUAUUGUCCCUUUAAUAUUAAUAUUUUUUUUUUGAAUCAGUUUGAUACUGUGAUUUUAAGGUUUAAAAUUCUGUCUUGUGAUGAAUGGGUGUGUAUGGUCUAAGAGCCGGCAUUAAAAAUAUAUACCCUAAUCUGUUAUUUAUUAGUGAUAAGAAAUAAAUGAUAGAUAAUACGUACAGUGUACACAUUGCAAAUAAGUUGCCUAGUUAAUUUGCAUCUGCACAGAUUUUUCAUACAAAAUCUAGGAAACCAUGAACUUGAUCAAAGGCAAAACUUAAUAUACUGUAUUAAGUUUUGCCUUUGCCAAUUUAAGCUUAAAAUAAGCUUUCAUUUAACAUACUAUACUACAGCCUUUCUUGAUGAGUACUGCUUACCAACAAAGAUAUUAGAAAUGAAGGUAGAAAACACAUGCCAUUUCAUAACUUAUUUAUUUUAAAUUAUGUAUGGUUUGUUUAUAAAAUGUUACAUAAAAUAUAUUACACAUAUCUAACCUUAUUUUCAUUAAUUUAAGAACAAGAUAAUUAUAAUUAUUAUAAGGUGUGAAAUUACUAUUCAUUUAUACCCUCGUUUUUAAUUUGUUUGUUGGUAAACAGUACUCAUCAAGAAGGCCUGUAGUAUAGGUGAUGAGGGUAUUUGUACAAUAUUGAUUGUUUGUAUCUGGCAACCCCACAGUUGUAGUGUGAAAGCAACCUCUUCAUUUUAAAUUCUACUAUGAAUUAAGCAAAAAGGGGGACGAAGAUUAAAUUUAAAAAAAAACAUUUAACAGGGCGCAAUUUCACUAUACUACAGCGUUUCUUGGUUAGUACUGUUUACUAACAAAAAAAUUAGAAAUGAAGGUAGAAAACACAUCAUUUCAUAACUUAUUUAUUUUAAAUUAGGUAUAUAUUCAUAUAUAAAAUAUAUUAACCAUAUUUAAUUGUUCUAAAUUUAUUAAUCAAAUUUAUUUUCAUUAAUUUUAGAACAAAUUAAUAAUAAUAAUUAUUAGGUGUGAAAUGACUAGUGAUUUAUACCCUUUUUAAUUUAUUUGAUAAUAAACAGUACUCAUCAGAAGAGGUUGUAUUAUAGGCAACCUGUUUGCUAUGUGUUAAUGUGAAUAUUAUUUAUCAUUUAAUUGUUAUACCAAAUAAAUAACAGAUGAGUGUAUAUAUUCCUUACGCCGGCUCUCGUACUGGUAGUAUAUAUACAGUGUGACGUUUUAGUGUUGUAAGUUUUUUUGUAGGUGUCCUAUACGCUUGGAUCGAUGGAGCGCUAUUGCAGUUUCCUAUUAUUAUUAUUAUUACAAAUUUUUUGAGACGAAAAUCGCUAGUGUAACCUAUAGAACAUCAUGUGAAGUCAAUGAGCUAUUUGUAAAUAAAUUAAGUCGUUUAGAAAUAGCUUUUAAUAUAUCAAAAAUCAGGUGAUGAAAAAAAAAAACAUAAUAAAAAUAGCAAUUUUUUUCUUAUAAAACUGUAAAUAAACUAUUAUUUUUUGUGUAAUAGA